AUGAGUGCGGGUUGCAGCGGCUAUUAUAACAUCGAAAACGCCUUCGUUUCCAGCUUCACGUGUCCCAAAUCCGACAGCCACUUGGGCGCCAAGUAUUGCUGUGGCUUUAAUGAUAUAAAAUACUGCUGCGAUGACCCCAACAGCUUCUUCCCUUACGAGUACAGCUACAUGUGGUGGUUAAGUAUUGGAGCUCUGGUGGGACUGUCUAUAGCAGCGGUGAUUCUCCUAACUUUCGUCAUCACAGUUUGUGUUCUGUGCUACCUUUUCAUCUGCACUAAACCACAGUCCAGACUGGAUACUGGAUUAGAUUUGCAGACACCAGGUACUGAACAAAUUUUAGAAAUCCCAAAUCAGUCCAGUCGGCUGAAUACAAUUAGGAAGCAGUUUCAGAGUCGGAAAUUAGAUUGCGGCAAUCAGCCACCUGAACCUGACAGAUUUUUCCAGAGAUGUUUCAUGGCUACCGUCACAACCAUUAACAUACAAGACUCCUCCUGA